UUUGACACCACAACUUCAUUUUCUUCCUUCUUUGACACAUCUGUCAGUUUUUGCCGUUAGCAACGUUAACUGUGACUGGAAAUGUCGUUCUUACCCCUGCUAGGACGCUGGAAAAAAAACUGGUUGACCGAACCGUCAGGCGCUGCGCUGGGUCACCCCCCGAUCCCCUCCCUACUCUCCUCGAUUCCCCUUUCCCUCGAUCCCUAACCCUAAAAAAAUCGCGGAUGGAGGAGGGCGUGGCCGAUGCUGCUACUGGUGGCGGGAUGGACGGCGCGGUGGAGGGCGUGGCCGACGCUGCGCCGGUCUCGGCCUCGGUCGGCCAUGGUGGGGAGGCGAAGGGCGUCCAUGGCGGGGAGGCGGAGGGAGUUCCAGGCGCGCCACUGGAGGGCGUCCAUGGCGGGAAGGCGGAGGGAGGUCCAGGUGCGGCGCCGGAGGGCGGCCAUGGCGGGGAGGCAGAGGGAGGUCCAGGUGCGACGGCCUCGGAUGCAAGUGCUCCGGCAUGGCUACAAGGGAUGGAUCCAAAUUCAACAUAUUUGCUGAAAAUCAAAUUGCUUGGCAACCCAAAAAAAGCUAGGAAGGAUAUCAAAUGCUUUUGUUAUGAUAAGGUUAUUGAUUCCGACUUAACAAAUUAUAAGGACUUGGUUGAAUCAAUCGUAGAGCAGUACUCGCCUCGCUAUUUGGAAGUUGCACAUGUUCAGUACUAUGAUCCUUCUCUUAAAAUCUACCCAGAAGUAACAUCUGACCAGGAAUUGGUGUCUAUGUUUGAGAAACUCUCUAAGACAAAGGUUGUGCACUUGUUUGUUGCAUAUUGUGAUCCAUCUGAACCAUAUGAGCCUAUCACGGAGUGGCAUAUUGAUGUGCAUAUCCAACCUAGCAACACAGAACAAGACGAUGAUGAUUAUCUUCGCAACCCAAUACCUGAGAAUGAACAUGUUGGUGUUGAUGAGGAAAAUAUUUAUUUAGACGAUGAUGAUUAUGAUAAAUUAGAUCCUCUUAUCAUGGUUCGCUGUUCCGAUAAAGAAAGGGACGAAGACUAUGUUCCUGAUCAUGAGAGCGAGGAUGAGAGCGAUGAGGAAGUAGAGGAAGAUGAGGAAGUGCACGAGGCAGAGCAUGCACCACAUUUAGAAUAUGAUAAAUUAGAUCCCCCAAUGACCGAAGGAAGAAAAUAUCCCAAUAUGGCAGAGUUCAAGUUGGCGCUUUCUCAACAUGCAAUCAAACAUGAAUUUGAGUUUAACACCGAGAAAAGUGCACCACAUAGGUUCAGGGCUUAUUGUUCAAGAAGGGAUGAAGAUAAGUGUCCAUGGAGGAUAUAUGCUUCUACAAUGGAAGAUGGGUGCACCGUAAUGGUGAGAAAGAACUCUUGUGGUCAUGAUUGCUCAAGUACAAAAAGGAAAAAGAAGAUAAAGAAUGCAACCAAGCGGUGGAUAUGUGAGCACGUGAAGGAUUGGCUAAUUGAGGAUGCAACUCUAGGACCAAAGGCAUUGCGAAAGAAGCUUAAAGAGCACCAUGGAAUCAACAUCAAGUACAAGAGAGUAAACAUGGGUAAGCUGCUAGCCUUGAAGGAACUAUAUGGUGAUUGUGAUACAAGCUUUGAUAAUCUGUAUAGUUUUAAGGCACAAAUUGAAAGGUGUUGCCCCGGUAGCAUAGUGAUAAUUGAGCACCACACAAUAAAAUAUAAAAUCAGAUUUAAGAGAUUUUUUGUCGCUUUGAAGCCUUGCAUCGACGGGUUCCUUAGUGGUUGCAGGCCAUACUUGGCAGUAGAUAGCACCUUCUUGACAGGCAGAUUCAAGGGGCAACUGGCUAGUGCUACCGCCGUUGAUGGCCAUAGUUGGAUGUAUCUAGUUUGUAUGGGUGUUUUUGAUUCUGAAACUAAUGAGAACUGGAUCUGGUUCAUGCAAUUGGUUAGGCAAGCCAUGGGGCAAGCCAUAGGAUCCCCAAGGGGUUUAACCAUAUGCACCGACGCUGGGCAGCCAGUGAUGACAGGUGUAAAAGAAGUGUUCCCAGAGGCUGAACAUAGGGAAUGUAUGUUUCACUUGGUGUCCAACUUCAAGAAGAAGUUUCAUGGAAAGGUUUUUGAUGACCACCUUUGGGCUGCUGCUUACUCAUGGAACCCAUAUUUAUUUGUGAAAAAUUGGGUUGCAAUGGACAUAGCAAAGCCAACGGCAACUGCAUAUCUUAGGAAGUGGCACACUAGGUUGUGGUCUAGGAGUUAGUUCUCAACAAUUUCCAAGGUGGAUUAUGUUACAAACAACUUGGCUGAGUGCUUCAAUAAUUGGAUUAAGCAUCACAAGUCCUUGAACUUGGACGACUUCUUUGAUAAGCUUAGGCAAUUGAUUAUGAUCAUGUGGAACCGAAGGAGAAAGGUAGCAAGAUAGUUAGUUGGGUUGAUUCUUCCCCACAUAAUUAAGAAGUUGAAUGCAAAGACCAGAGAAUUAAACUUGGAGGUGGUUGAAAGCUCAGAAGAAGUUGCUGAAGUAACCGCAUUGGGAGGCAACGGCUUUAGGUUUGUGGUCAACUUGCUUGACAGGACAUGUUCUUGUAGACAAUGGGAAGUUUCUGGCCUUCCUUGCAAACA